GCAAGGACAGACAUGGGCAGACCAGUGAGGAGGCUCCUGCAGUGAUCCAGGACGCCCAGAAGCCCUCCGUCUCAGAGAUGCUGCCGCUGCUGCUGUCCCUGCUGUGGGCAGGGUCCCUGGCUCAGGGUUCGAGCUACUACUGGCUGAAGGUGCAGGAGUCCGUGACGGUGCAGGAGGGCCUGUGUGUCCGCGUGCCCUGCUCCUUCUACUAUCCCCAGAGCUACUGGGACGACUCUGUUCCAGCUUUCGGCUACUGGUUCCGGGAAGGGGCCAAUAGCUACCAGGAUCCUCCAGUGGCCACAAACAACCCAGGUCGUGAGGUGCUGACGGAGACCCAGGGCCGAUUCUACCUCCUUGGAGACCCCCGGGACUACAACUGCUCCCUGGACAUCAGAGAUGCACAGAGGGGAGACACGGGGACAUACUUCUUUAGGGUGGAGAGAGGGCCUAUUGUGAAAUAUAGUUACAAAAAGAACAUGAUCUUCCUGCAUGUAACAGCUCUGACACAGACACCCGACAUCCACGUCCAGGGGACCCUAGAAUCUGGCCACCCCAGGAACAUCACCUGUGCAGUGCCAUGGGCCUGUGAGAGGGGGACACCCCACACCUUCUCCUGGAUCGGGGUUGCCCUCACUUCCUUGCACCCCAAGAGUCCCCAUUCCUCAGUGCUCACCCUCACCCUGGGGCCCCAGGACCACGGCACCAACCUCACCUGUCGAGUGACCUUCCCCGGAGCUGGCGUGAUCACAGAGAGGACCGUCAGUCUCAACGUGUCCGAUGCUCCACAGAACCUGGACAUUCGUGUCUUCCGGGGAAAUAGCACAGGUGUCUCCUGUUCCUGCCCCAAAGUCUCUGGGGAGCGGCAGGGCUCCUGGCCCCUAGUCCUCACCUUGCUCAGGGGGGCCCUGAUGGGGGCUGGUUUCCUUCUCACCUAUGGCCUCACCUGGAUCUACUAUACCAGGUGCAGAAACUCACAAGGGAAUAGUGUUGAGAGGUGUGACUGAGUCCCCUUCUUCACGGUGGUGCUUCAGAGGUCUAUGAACAAGGAGGUCCUGGAUGACUUGGCCCUGCUUCCUAUCCAGAAAUAACAUCUCUUCACAUCUGGUCUCCAGGUUUCUUCCUGAUAGUUCUACAUGAGUUGUUGUGAGGGCAAGGAGGAAAUAGAUAUUUUUAUUAUUAAAUUGAACUAUGCUCCAUGUAAUAUUUUUUCUUCUAUGUGCUUACCUUAGCAUGGUUUUGAUAUGCC